AUGGAGGGGCCGAAAACCCUGGCCCCCUGUGGCCACUCCCACCCCCAGUGCCCCCAGUCCCCAGCUUCGAGCAGCCACGGAGGAUGCUUGGACCCACCCUGCCAGGGAUUUGUAAGGUGGCCCUGUCUGGUGCCUCUCAGCUCCACUCACUCAAUGGAGUCAGCCAGGCCUUUCCCAGCCCCAGGGGCAGGGGGCGGGGUGCCCCGGGUAGGCAACGAGGCCCCGGGUGGCUUUCGUGGAAGUGAAGAGGGAGAGAUGCAGCGGCAGAGACCGAGAGACCCAGCGGGGGCAAGACAAGGACAGAUGGAGGCAGGGCUGGGGUGGGGCUGGUCCCUGCACUCAGGACAAGAACAGGGGGCCCCCAGGCGGGGAGGGGGCCCCAGCUCAGGGCCCAGACCCUGCCCUUGCCCGCCCCUGCCUGUGGGGGCAGGGACCCCAGCCUCACCCAGGGCAGCCCCCUCCCAGCUCCAGAGUGUGCCCCUGGGGCCUGCAGAGCAGUCCUUCCUCCAGCUGGAGCAGGAGAACCAGAAUCUGAAAAGGCAGAACCAGGACCUGCGGGAGCAGCUGGGAGCCCUGCUGGGGCCAGGGCAGCAGUUCCUGCCCCUGUGCCCGGAGCACUCGAGCUGCACUGCCCUGGCCUGGCCCCCGGAGCAGGCAGGCCCCCGGCCCCCAGAGGACAGGCCACCCUUGCAGCUGCUGCGGCGGGAGCUGUGCCGGGGCGAAGAGGCCUUUGUGCAGCAGUCCCAGAACGAGCUGCAGCAGAUCCGACUGUCCUUUGAGAGGAAGAAGAUGGCCAUUACUGAGGUGUGGGAUGGCGUGGCCGAGGUACACAUGGCCCUGAAUAACCAGGCCACCGGGCUCCUGAACCUCAAGAAGGACAUCCGGGGCGUGCUAGACCAGAUGGAGGACAUUCAGCUGGAGAUUCUAGGGGAGCGUGCCCAGUGCCGCACCCAGGCCAGGAAGGAGCAGCACAUGGCAUGCAUAGUGAAGGCACAGCCACCACUGGGAUGUUCCGAGGGCCUCAGAGGCCAGUUCUGGCUGCUGGCCCUGAGGCUGCUGCUGGGUGCCCUGCUGGCCUGCACGGCCGCCUACGUGUACGUGGUGGACCCCGUGCCCUUCGAGGGGCUGGUGCCGCCCCUGCUGAGCCGUGCUGCCGUCUGGAAGCUCCGGGCCCUGCUGGGCCCGUUCCUGCGCCUCGAGGUGGACGACUUCCUGCCCUUCUAG